UGGUAUCGGAGUGUUAGUAAGCCGUCAGUGUUAGCAGAGGGGAACAUGGAUUGCUAGGCGUUUAAAAAACUGACUACGAAACAUGUGGCUAGCUAUUAAGCUAUUUUUAUUUUAACGUAAAUGGCUGAAACCGCGACUUCAACACGGACAGGAUUUCUGGACUUCAGUCCAGUAAGGAGUUGCAACGCGAACAAGGAGAACGAUGUUCCAAUUUUGAGUUUGAUCCAGUUUUCAAAGGCUCCUUUUGUCACAUUUGGGACAGUAAAGUUGGGGACAUCCAAGUCGGCUGUUCUGCGAAUUGAGAAUCCUACGGAGGAUGCAGAAGCGGAGGUUACAGUUGAAAGGAUCCCCUCAAGUAAAGGCUUCUCUGUGGACCACAACACGUUCACCAUUCAGCCUGAGGGCUCUUUCAAUUUGACAGUAACCUGGACUCCAGCAGAAGAAGGUGGGACCAGAGAGCUCAUCAUAUUCAAUGCCAAUGGGGUCCUCAAGCAUCAGGCUGUUCUGCUGGGGAGAGCAGAAGCACCAAAAAAGAAAAAGAAAAGCUUAUGGGACACAAUCAAAAACAAAAGGGAAGGUGAGAAAGUAGCUGUCCCUAGGAGAAAGAAAAUGGAGCCCCCCCUGAAGAUGGCAGCCAAUAAAACCUUCCAAGUGUCCCGAAAGCCGCAGUACAAACGAGAUAAGCCACGCAGCCCGCUUGCUUCACUCAAUGAGGGCAAAGCUGUCAGAGAGAGAUCCCUCACGAAGCACAGCCCCAUUGACGAUCACCCUCGGAAAUCAGAGGAACAGAAGGCUAUAAAUCCCAACCAGAGGCAACAGUCUCUGGCCUUGUCAGACCAGGAGAAUAUCCAUCAUAUUCAGAGGAACUCUCCUAUCGUCCUACUUGUCCCAGCCGCAAAGCUGAUGGACUCUGGCAGCAUGUGUGCUAGCCCAGAUGCCUUGGGGAGCAAACCUGAAAGCAAAGAUCUUACCAAAAUACUUAACAGGACGCUUUCACCUAUUGGGACACCAGAGAGAUUUAAGAAACUCAUGCCUUGUAUUCAGUCACACAGCCCAGUUCCUGCUACUGUAAAGUCUGUGGCUGUGGAGACUGUUAACAGUGAGUUAACUAGAACCCCAGUUCUAUCUUUGAAAGAUGCAUUGGCCCUCAUUGACUCUGACCUGAGCCACAUUAACACCAGUCCUCGAGACUCUAAUUCUAGCUGUGAUUUCUCAGAUUCACUGGAAUCCAAGAGUGGAAGCCACGGCUGUGGACCCGACAGAAACGUCCUCAAAGCAUUACCCGAUAGCCCAGAGCUGACGGAGUCGACUGAGCCGAGACUGACUUUCUUUGUCAGUAAAAAGGUUGUUGUGAAUGAGGUUGUUGUUUCAGAGGCUGAUAAGGUCACGGAAAUGGUAAAAAAGACGUCUUUUACCUCAGCCACAGUGAUCAAGAGCAAAGCACCAGUGGAGGAAAACAGUUUGAGUGGAAGGAAAAUAAAGAAGUCAAGACGAAGGCUCUUGGAGAAAACACUCGAGCUGUCUGACAGCAGCAGUCAGUGUGAGUCAGGACCAAACACUCCGAGACUUCCGGUUAUAGAUCCAGACACAGGAUCUAAGGGAUGGCAAAACUCUGAGGUGACCAGCCAUCUUUGUGAUGACACACAUCAAGUCCUGGAGUUUACCUCUUCCAGCCCGACUCCACGACUCCACACCUCGGCCACACCCAUCACCUUCCCUAUCACCUCCCCUCCAUCCGCGCGUCCUACUCGCUUCUCUUUCUCAGUCACCUCCCCACCUCCUGCAGCCCCUGUUUCCCUUGCUUUUACCGUCACCUCUCCGUCGCCCCCGGGCUCAUCUUCUCCUCUUCACCGCAACCUCUCAUCAAGCCCUAAAGUAUAUGAGCAGCCCCCAACCCUUUCUGCCCCUCUGUCCGUUCAAGAGGACUCAUUUCCCAUUCACAUGGCAGUGAAGAGCAAGAAGAGGAAAAGUGAAGAGUAUUUGAAAAGUGACGCGGCGGUAGAGGACGCCGGGAAAACUGCCAGGGUCAAAAGGAGCAAGGUGGCGGCUGGAAAAACCAAGCCCUCAGUGCACGAGAGGAGAAGUACAUCACAGGGGCAACAGCAGAGAACAGCAGGCUCAGUGCGCUCAGUGACUACAUCAUCUCUAAAGAGCACACGGUCUGCUGUUCCUGCCCGAGCAAAGCCUCCAAGCUCCAAACCCACCUCACGAGGUGCCCCGUUUCUGAAGUCAUCCGCUGCUUCAUCUGUGAAGAUGGCAAAAGUCGUUGCAGUAGCGCAGUCAAAGCUGACCUUUAUUAAGCCGGCGCAAACGGCCAUACCUAGGCACCCGAUGCCGUUUGCCGCCAAGAACAUGUUCUACGAUGAGAGGUGGAUUGAGAAGCAGGAGAGGGGAUUCACAUGGUGGAUCAACUAUGUCCUCACCCCAGAUGACUUUAAAGUCAACACUGAAGUUGCUAAAGUGAGUGCCGUAUCUCUUGCCAUUGGCAACAACGACAACUUCAGUGUGCCUAAAGCUCCCACCAAAGAGGAGAUGUCUUUCAGCACCUACACGGCUCGGCGGAAGAUUAACCGCCUCCGUCGUUCUGCCUGCCAGCUGUUCACGUCGGAGGCAAUGGUCAAGGCCAUUCAGAGGCUCGAGCUGGAGGUGGAGGCCAAGCGGCUGCUUGUCCGGAAAGACCGCCACCUGUGGAAGGACAUAGGUGAACGCCGAAAAGUCCUCAACUGGCUUCUUUCGUACAAUCCGCUCUGGUUACGGAUAGGACUUGAGACCAUCUACGGGGAGUUGAUCUCGCUUGAGAGCAACAGCGAUGCCUUGGGUCUGGCUAUGUUCAUCCUCCAGCGGCUGCUGUGGAACCCGGACAUCGCUGCUGAGUUCAGACACCUCAAAGUGCCUCACCUUUACAAAGAUGGCCACGAGGAGGCGCUGUCCCGCUUUACACUGAAGAAGCUGCUCCUGCUGGUGUGUUUCCUGGACAAGGCCAAAGAGUCCCGACUGAUUGAGCACGACCCCUGUCUGUUCUGUGUGGACGCAGAGUUCAAGACGAGUAAAGACCUGCUCCUGGCGUUCUCCAGGGACUUCCUGAGCGGAGAGGGAAUCCUUCCCCGGCACCUCGGCUACCUCGGGUUACCCGUCUCCCACGUUCAGACGCCCCUGGACGAGUUCAACUUCGCUGUGAAGAAUUUGGCAGUCGACUUGAAAUGCGGCAUUCGUCUAGUGCGUGUGAUGGAGCUUCUCAUCCAGGACUGGAGUUUGUCGGCGAAGCUCCGGCUGCCAGCCAUCAGCCGCCUGCAGAAGGUCCACAACGUCGACAUCGCUCUGCAAGUGCUCAAAAGCAAAGGGGUCGACCUCAAGGAUGAACACGGCUCCACCAUUGAUUCCAGAGAUAUUGUGGAUGGACACAGAGAGAAGACGUUGAGCCUCUUGUGGAAAAUCAUCUUCACAUUUCAUGUGGAGGUGAUUCUGGAUGAGGAUCAGCUGAGAGAGGAGAUCGGCUUCCUGAAGAGAACCUUGAGGACCAAACAGAAGCUGGUGUCUCUCAGGGCCGAUCGGGGCCUUCAGCCGAGUCCCGCAAAGACCCGGGCACCAUACGAGCACAGCAGCACCAAGAUUACCCUGCUGAUGGACUGGGUCCGUGCUGUGUGUGACUUCUACAAUCUGAAGGUGGAGAACUUCACCGUGACAUUCUCGGAUGGCCGCGUCCUCUGCUACCUUAUCCACCACUACCACCCCAGUCUCCUGCCAGAGGAGGCUGUCAGUCACAGCACCACACAGACCGUCGAGUGCUCACCGAGGGGCCGCCUGGAGCUCAGCUGCUCAGCCAGCGACUCUGACAGCUCCUUUGACUCCUUGCCGACAGGCCUGAACGGCCCAGAGUCUCCGUCAGUAGAAUUUAAAGAGCUACUCGAAAAUGAGAAAAGCAACUUCAGACUGGUCAACAAUGCUGUGGCUUACCUGGGCGGAGUUCCUGCCAUGAUCAACCCGGCUGACAUGUCCAACACCAUCCCCAAUGAGAAGAUUGUGAUGUCUUACCUGACCUUCUUAUGUGCUCGCCUGCUGGACCUGCGGAACGAGACCAGAGCAGCCCGGGUCAUACAGGGAGCCUGGAGGAAAUACAGACUAAAGAAAGAUCUACAGCUCUACAAGGAAAGAAACGUGGCUGCUGUGAAAAUCCAGUUAGUUGUGAGGAGUUUUCUCCAGAAGCGCAGAGCAAAGAGGCAAAAUCAAGCUGCCGUCAUCAUCCAGUCAGUCUGGAGGGGUUAUGUAGCACGCAACAGGCUGAGGCUGAAGAAAGAGGCUCAACUUCGGGCUCUGCAGCAUAAAGCAGCAACCAUCAUCCAGGCACAGUGGAGGAUGUUUUCAGCUAUGAGGGCUUACCAACGCCUCAGAUACUACACCAUUGUUGUCCAAGCACAAUGGCGAAUGAGGAGUGCAGCCUCUGCUUAUGGAAAAAUCUACUGGGCAACAACAGUCCUUCAGAAACACUCACGAGCACGGGCUCUUGCAAAAAGAGAUAGGGAAUCUUAUCUGUCCCUUAGAACUGCGGUGGUGAAAUUACAGAGAGGCUAUAGAAGAUGGAAAGCCCAGAAAACGGAAAAGGAAAACUGUGCUGCCAAAGCGAUACAAGCUGUGUUUAAGAAAUGGUACAAGGAAAAAAUGGCGAAACGAAUUGCGACUGCUGUAAGGAUUCAGUCCUGGUACAGAAUGCAGAGGUGUCUCCAUCAAUACAGAAAAAUCAAAAGAAGUGCUGUGUUCAUUCAAGCUCAGUACAGAGGUCACGCACAGAGGCACUGCUUUAAGAUGUUGAAGCUACAGCAGCACUCGGCCAUUGUCAUCCAGAGUGCGUUCAGAGGUCAUGCUGUCAGAAAACAGGUGGCAAGGAUGAGAUAUGCUACAAUCACAAUUCAGCGCUGGUUCAGGGCCACUGUGAGAAGAGACGUGGAAAGGCAAAUGUUUGUGAGGAUGAGAUAUGCUGCUGUUACCAUACAGGCAGUCUAUCGUGGAAAAGUGGCCCGGGAGUUGCUGAAAAAGCAGCACAGGGCAGCAGCGGUGAUCCAGGCAGCUUUCAGGAGACAUACUGCCCAAAGACGCUACCUUGCCUUGAGAAAAGCUGUAGCUGUGAUACAGCAGAAGUACAGAGCCACAAUCUUGGCUCGUAAGACAAUGAAGGAUUUUGAGGCUCUCAGGAAUGCUGCACUCCUUAUACAAGCUAUCUGGAGAGGCAGAGCUGACAGGAUCAGGAUAGAAAACUGGCAUCAGCGUGCAACUCUGAUACAGGCUUACUAUCGACGGCACCAAGUGCAAGCAGUUUACAGGUCAAAGAAGGCAGCAGCUGUAGUCAUACAACGUCACUACAGAGCUUAUGUGGCUGGAGAGGAGAUGAGGAAAGCAUACCUAUACAAGAGAGCAGCCUGUGUUACUCUUCAAGCUGGAUUCAGAGGCAUGAGAGUUAGGACAGAGCUUAAGAAAAAGCAACAGGCAGCAACUGUCAUUCAGUCUUCAGUUAGGAUGUUUUUAUGUAGGAAAAGAUAUUUUCUCCUCCAAAGUGCAGCAAUUAUCAUCCAGAGUCGAUACAGAGCCCUCCUCCUCUGCAAAGCACAGCAAAAUGAGUACAGAGAGCUAAAGCAGGCUACCAUAAAGAUACAAGCUGUCUACCGGGGCUUUAGAGUUAGAGAAGACCUAAAGAAAAAGCACGACGCUGCCAGAGCAAUCCAAGCUCAGUUCAGGAUGCACAGAAUGCGCAUGGCUUACCUUGCCAUCAAAUGUGCUGCCAUUAUCAUUCAGGAACGCUACAGAGCCAAAAUGCUCAGGGAUCAACAGUUGCAGGGGUACAGAACGAUGAAAUCUGCGGCUGUAGUCGUCCAGGCCGCAUAUCGUGGCCACAAGGCCAGGAGGAAGGUUGCAGAGAUGCACCGAGCUGCUACAGUCCUUCAGAGAAAAUUCCUCACAAUCAGAGAUAGAAAAAGGUUUUUAGCUGUCAAGGCAGCAGCUUUGGUUUGUCAGCAGAGGUACAGAGCAGUGACCAUGGCAAGAAAAGACCGUCUGGAGUAUCUGUCAAAGCACAGGGCAGUCAUUUGUCUGCAAGCAGCCUACAGAGGAUACAAGGUCAGAAAGCAGUUGCGUAUCCAGCGUACGGCAGCUGUAAUCAUUCAGUCUCACUUCCGAAAGUACCAGCAGAAGAUCUACUACAAGAGGCUGUGCUGGGCUGCCAAUGUAGUUCAAGCGCGUUAUCGAGCCAAUAAAGACAUGAGAGAGAAGAUGCACGCCCUGAGUGAAAAGAGAAAGGCUGCUGUUGUCUUACAAGCUGCCUUCCAUGGAAUGAAAUGCAGACGAAUCAUCAAACAAAGGCAUCAGGCUGCCAGCGUUAUCCAAAGAGCUUACAAAGCCCACUGUGAACGCAAGCAGUACCUUACCUUGAAAUCCUCUGUCCUCACCAUUCAGCGGAGGUAUCGGGCCACUGUAGCAGCAAAGGAACAAAUGCAAAAACACCAAAGAUUGCGCAGAGCUGCUGUUGUCCUUCAGGCAGCAUACAGAGGGCAGCAGGUCAGAAAGGAGGUGGCUCGUCGGCAUCAGGCCGCCACCGUGAUACAGUCUGUGUUCAAAAAACACAGAGAGGAAGUUAAAUUCCAGGCCAUGCGACUGUCUGCCAUCAUCAUCCAGAGAUACUAUCGGGCUCAUGUUCUCCAGAGGCUGGACAGAGAAAAGUUCCUAAAAAUGAAACGUUCUGUUAUUGUUCUUCAGGCAGCUUUCAGAGGUCACCGUGUGCGAAGCAACAUUGCCAAGAAGCACAGGGCAGCUACUGUCAUCCAAGCAAACUUCAAGAGGCACAAGCAGCAGUCAGCUUUCAAGAGACAACGCUGGGCAGCCUGUGUCUUACAGCAGAGGUUUAGAGCUCAGAGACAGAGAAACCUCCAGAUUAAACAUUUUCAAAACUGUAGAAAAGCAGCCAUGGUAUUACAGGCUGCAUAUCGUGGAAUGAAGUCCAGACAAACCAUCAAACAAAGUCACCAUGCUGCCAGUGUUAUCCAGAGAACAUAUAAAGCCCACUGUGAACGAAGGCAGUAUCUGACCUUAAAAUCCUCUGUCCUCACCAUUCAGCGGAGGUAUCGGGCCACUGUAGCAGCAAAGGAACAAAUGCAAAAACACCAAAGAUUGCGUAGAGCUGCUGUUGUCCUUCAGGCAGCAUACAGAGGGCAGCAGGUCAGAAAGGAGGUGGCUCGUCGGCAUCAGGCCGCCACCGUGAUCCAGUCUGUGUUCAGAAAACACAGAGAGGAAGUUAAAUUCCAGGCCAUGCGACUGUCUGCCAUCAUCAUCCAGAGAUACUAUCGGGCUCAUGUUCUCCAGAGGCUGGACAGAGAAAAGUUCCUAAAAAUGAGACGUUCUGCUAUUGUUCUUCAGGCAGCUCUCAGAGGUCACCGUGUGCGAAGCAACAUUGCCAAGAAGCACAGGGCAGCUACUGUCAUCCAAGCAAACUUCAAGAGGCACAAGCAGCAGUCAGCAUUCAAGAGACAACGCUGGGCAGCCUGUGUCUUACAGCAGAGGUUUAGAGCUCAGAGACAGAGAAACCUCCAGAUGAAACAUUAUCAUAACUGCAGAAAAGCAGCCAUGGUGUUACAGGCUGCUUAUCGUGGAAUGAAGUCCAGACAAACCAUCAAACAAAGUCACCAUGCUGCCAGUGUUAUCCAGAGAGCAUAUAAAGCCCACUGUGAACGAAGGCAGUAUCUGACCUUAAAAUCCUCUGUCCUCGCUAUUCAGCGGAGGUAUCGGGCCACUGUAGCAGCAAAAGAACAAAAACAGAAAUACCAGAGAAUGCACAGAGCUGCUGUCGUCCUUCAGGCAGCAUACAGAGGGCAGCGGGUCAGAAAGGAGGUGGCUCGUCGGCAUCAGGCCGCCACUGUGAUCCAGUCUGUGUUCAGAAAACACAGAGAGGAAGUCAAAUUCCAGGCCAUGCGACUCUCUGCCAUCAUCAUCCAGAGAUACUAUCGCUCCUGUGUUCUUCAAAGAAAACAAAGAGAAAAGUUCCUAAAAAUGAAACGUUCUGUUAUUGUUCUUCAGGCAGCUUUCAGAGGUCACCGUGUGCGAAGCAACAUUGCCAAGAAGCACAGGGCAGCUACUGUCAUCCAAGCAAACUUCAAGAGGCACAAGCAGCAGUCAGCUUUCAAGAGACAACGCUGGGCAGCCUGUGUCUUACAGCAGAGGUUUAGAGCUCAGAGACAGAGAAACCUCCAGAUUAAACAUUUUCAAAACUGUAGAAAAGCAGCCAUGGUAUUACAGGCUGCAUAUCGUGGAAUGAAGUCCAGACAAACCAUCAAACAAAGUCACCAUGCUGCCAGUGUUAUCCAGAGAACAUAUAAAGCCCACUGUGAACGAAGGCAGUAUCUGACCUUAAAAUCCUCUGUCCUCACCAUUCAGCGGAGGUAUCGGGCCACUGUAGCAGCAAAGGAACAAAUGCAAAAACACCAAAGAUUGCGUAGAGCUGCUGUUGUCCUUCAGGCAGCAUACAGAGGGCAGCAGGUCAGAAAGGAGGUGGCUCGUCGGCAUCAGGCCGCCACCGUGAUCCAGUCUGUGUUCAGAAAACACAGAGAGGAAGUUAAAUUCCAGGCCAUGCGACUGUCUGCCAUCAUCAUCCAGAGAUACUAUCGGGCUCAUGUUCUCCAGAGGCUGGACAGAGAAAAGUUCCUAAAAAUGAGACGUUCUGCUAUUGUUCUUCAGGCAGCUCUCAGAGGUCACCGUGUGCGAAGCAACAUUGCCAAGAAGCACAGGGCAGCUACUGUCAUCCAAGCAAACUUCAAGAGGCACAAGCAGCAGUCAGCAUUCAAGAGACAACGCUGGGCAGCCUGUGUCUUACAGCAGAGGUUUAGAGCUCAGAGACAGAGAAACCUCCAGAUGAAACAUUAUCAUAACUGCAGAAAAGCAGCCAUGGUGUUACAGGCUGCUUAUCGUGGAAUGAAGUCCAGACAAACCAUCAAACAAAGUCACCAUGCUGCCAGUGUUAUCCAGAGAGCAUAUAAAGCCCACUGUGAACGAAGGCAGUAUCUGACCUUAAAAUCCUCUGUCCUCGCUAUUCAGCGGAGGUAUCGGGCCACUGUAGCAGCAAAAGAACAAAAACAGAAAUACCAGAGAAUGCACAGAGCUGCUGUCGUCCUUCAGGCAGCAUACAGAGGGCAGCGGGUCAGAAAGGAGGUGGCUCGUCGGCAUCAGGCCGCCACUGUGAUCCAGUCUGUGUUCAGAAAACACAGAGAGGAAGUCAAAUUCCAGGCCAUGCGACUCUCUGCCAUCAUCAUCCAGAGAUACUAUCGCUCCUGUGUUCUUCAAAGAAAACAAAGAGAAAAGUUUCUAAAAAUGAGAUGUUCUGCUAUUGUUCUUCAGGCAGCUUUCAGAGGUCACCGUGUGCGAAGCAACAUUGCCAAGAAGCACAGGGCAGCUACUGUCAUCCAAGCAAACUUCAAGAGGCACAAGCAGCAGUCAGCUUUCAAGAGACAACGCUGGGCAGCCUGUGUCUUACAGCAGAGGUUUAGAGCUCAGAGACAGAGAAACCUUCAGUUAAAACAUUAUCAAGAGGUCACAAAAGCUGUUAUUAAUCUACAAGCUGCCUUCCGUGGAAUGAUAUCCAGAAGAAUCAUCAAACAAAGGCUUAAGGCUGUCAGUGUUAUCCAGAGAGCUUACAGGGCCUACUCCCAACGCAAGCAGUAUCUGAACUUUAAACAGUCCGUCCUCGCCAUUCAGCAAAAAUAUCGGGCAACUGUAGCAGCUAAAGCACAAAGAACACAAUACUUGGAAAUGCGCAGAGCAGCCAUCAUCCUUCAGGCAGCAUACAGAGGGCAGCGGGUCAGAAAGGAGGUCGCUCGUCGGCAUCAGGCCGCCACUGUGAUUCAGUCUGUGUUCAAAAAGCGCAGAGAGGAAGUCAAAUUCCAGGCCAUGCGACUGUCUGCCAUCAUAAUCCAGAGAUACUAUCGCUUCUGUGUUCUUCAAAGACAAGAAAGAGAAAAGUUUCUGAAAACGAAACAAUCCACCAUCAUCCUUCAGGCAGCAUUUAGAGGCUGGUGCGUCAGGAGGGAAAUUAGCCGACAACAUCAACUUGCCAUUGUGAUCCAGUCGUGCUGGAGAUGCUCAGUGCAGAGGCGAAUCUUCCGAAGGAAGAGAGAGGCAGCUGUGACACUUCAGCGCAGGAUCAGGGCAGUGCAGCUCGGCAGGAUGGAGAGGAACAACUACAUCCGUAAGAGGCACGCUGCCAUCGCGCUUCAGACACACGGCCGAGCCUGGAUAGCAAGACGACAGGCACUAGACGCAGCCAAGGCAGAGAAGAGGCUCCGUUUUACGUCUGCAGUCUUACAUCAUCUCAGCGCCAUAAAGAUCCAACGAGCCCUGAGAGCCCACUGGGCUUUGGAGUCGGCUAAAAGACAAAUCCAUUCCGUCAUCACCAUUCAGCGAUGGGUGAGAUCGAGGCAGCAGAGGGGACGGUAUCUGGAGGACAGGAGAAAGGUGGUUAUAGCCCAGCGAGCAAUCAAGCGCUGGUUAGCCCGUCGCCACAAAGCUGCAUCCGUCAUCCAGGAGGCCGUCCGGAAAUUCCUCCUUCUCAGGCGCCAGGAAAGGGUUCAAGAGGGGAUUGUCAAAGCACAGGCUCUGUGGAGAGGACACCGCUCCCGCCGACUGAAUGACAAUCCCAAGGUGGUGAAGUUGAGACACCGUUUACGCCAAGUCUCCGCUGGCGUCCGAGAGGAGGACAAACUGUGCAACAAGACGUCGUCUGCACUGGACUACCUCCUUCGAUACAAACACUUCUCCUACAUUCUAGAGGCCCUGAAAAACCUGGAGACGGCCACCAGGCUGUCCCCAGAGUGCUGUGAGCGGCUGGUAGAGAGCGGAGCCACCAAUGUCGUCUUCACACUCAUCCGCUGCUGCAACAGGAGCGUCCCCUGCAUGGACGUCAUCACCUUCUCCAUCCAAAUCCUCCUUAACCUCUCAAAGUACCACAAAACUAUUGAGGCUGUGUAUUCGGUGGAAAACUCUGUGGAGACGCUGCUGGAUCUGCUACAGAGAUACCGGGAGAAGGCAGGGGAUAAAGUGGCUGAAAAAGGCGGCAGCAUCUUCACCAAGGCCUGCUUUCUUCUUGCACUCCUGCUGCAAGACAAGCACCGUGCUGUGGAGGUUAUGAAGCUACCCAAGGUCAUAGAUAGGAUACGCAGCAUUUACCGCCUCACUGCUCGCAAGCACAAGAUGGACGCAGAAAGAACUGUUAUCAAACAGAAGAUGAACGCCUCGAUCAACGGGAGCUUCUUUGUUCAAGCAACACCUCGCAAAUCCAGACCUGCACCAAAGUUUGCACCAGAGUGGGUUCUCAGAAAGGACAAGCUCAAAGACAUUGUGGACCCUCUCAUGGCCAUUCAAAUGGUCGCAGACACUCUGUCCAUUGUGUUGUAAAUAGACAAGCUUUCAAAUCUUUUUCUUCAUCAUCUCAUUGUUUUCCCAUCAGAAAAUAUUGUUGUUUUUUUUUUUUUUACCAAUAUAUUUUCCAUGUGUCCCAUGUAUAUAUUAAAAUGGACUUGCUUCUUAAACAUGGA